GCCCAAAUGAGAAAGGGCUCCCGGCCCGUACCCAAAAUAAACUAGGGUUCCCCAUCCCCGCUUGAGCAUAUAUAUAAUCACACAUACAAUCUCUGUACAUAAACUCACUCCAUUACUUGCAAAGCCGCCUCUCAGCAUAUAAAAGAUGGGAGUGUAUACAUUUGUGUGCCGGAGCUCAGGCGGCGAAUGGACCGGAAAGCAACACAAGGAAGGAGAUCUCGAAGCUUCUGCUGCCUCCACCUACGAGCUUCAGAGGAAGCUUGUUCAGACCGUUUUGUCAACCGACUCUAGCGGCGGCGUUCAGUCCUCAUUCUCCUUUGUUUGCCCUAAUUCCGCUGUUUUUCAGGUAAUUGUUGGUGGUGCUGCUCUUGUUGGUGGCGGUGGGGUAGCUGCUGCAGCUUCUGGAGGAGCCGCACCCGCUGCUGAGGCAGCAGCUCCAGCGGAGGAGAAAAAAGCAGAGAAAGAGGAGAGCGAAGAUGAAGACCUUGGAUUCUCACUCUUUGAUGAUUAGUGUGUUUCUCCAGUUGCAUGAGAAUUUAGUUAUAUUGUUUUUUGUGGAUGCUUUUUUCAAAAGCCUUAAAAGACUAAAACUUUAUAUUUCUUUAAGGAUGUAAUGAAAUGAAUUCUUAUUAA